AUGAGUUUUAAAGAAAAAUUAAAUAAAAGAAAGAAAAGUAACGAAGUAAUAUUCGAAGAAAAUUUAUCCAAGAAACUUCCCUUCUUCUUGAAUAAGAAAAAGAAAACAACGGAUUAUGAUUUUAUGGUAAACGUAUCGGAGGAGGAUAAAGAUGUUAAGAACGUCUCUAGAACGAUAAAACUUUAUUUGAAUAUAAACAAUGAUAUAAGACUAAGGUUAUCAUUAUUAUAUAUAAGUGAACAAUAUGAAUUGUUCAGGAGUUAUUUAAUAGCUCUAAAGGAUAUGAUGAAAAGUAUUAUAGUUAUAAAAGUUACAAGAAAAGGAAAUAUAAAAAAAAAAAGAUUAUCUUUUAAUUCAUAUAAUAUGAGUAUUAUAGGAAAUUGGUCUAAAAAAAUAUUAUUAUAUGAUGAAAUUACACAAAUAAAUAUAGGUAGUUGUUGUACUCCUGAAUUAAAAAUAUAUGAAAAUAAAUUCCAAGAUUAUAAUAAUCGAGAGAAUUAUGUUGUCAUAAGAACACUUUAUAGAGAUUAUAGUUUCUUAUUUCUAACAGAUUAUGAUAUAUUUAUGAAACUCAAAAAUUCAUCCGUCCUUGAAAAAUUGAAAUUUAUAUUAAACAAUAAAAAUAAUCCAUCCUUAUUAAAUGAUAAGGAUAUGAAUAAUAAUGCAGAUAAUCAAAGGAAAGAUAAACUCAAAAUACGUUCUAGAACAAACAAUUUUAUAGAUUUCAAAAGAAGAACAGUAUAUGAACAAUAUCUAAAUCAUAAAGAUGAUAAUAAUACAAAUGAAGAUAUUGAUACAUAUGAUACAUCUCGUGGAUUUAAAAGUUUCUUUUUUAAAGUAUUAAGAAGUAUAAAAACAAUUACUAUAGAUAUGGAAAGUGAAUAUGUAAAAGCAAUAAUGAAGCCAAAUAAUAUUAUUUAUUUUAAUAAAUAUAAUACUCUCAAUCAUAAAAUAAACUCAUUCUUUCUUUAUUGUCAAAUACAGUUGGAUAUAUGUGGACCCGAAAUUUGGUUUACAUCCAAAUUUGAUGAUAUACUCUUUACUCACAAGAGUUAA